UCAUAUCUCUAUCUAUAAUAUUUAAUUUAGUUGAUAAUUUUUAAAUGUUUAUUAAAUUUUUAAAUGUUUAUGAAUUUAGUUGAUAUUUAAAGAAAAAAUUGAGUUUUAAUGAGUAAUUGAGGACAAGAAAUAUCCAAUUAAAUUAAAUAAUAAUUUAGAUAAGUUGCCAAUAUGAAGCAGUUGUAUAAUCCAUUUGUCUUGAGUAUAGCUUAUGCCAGUACUUCUAUUUUAUCUUUAUUAUUUAUAUUUUUAGCUUAUCCAAAAAAGUGCAUAAGAGAAAUUAAUUAGUUCUAAUGAACCAACAGUAAAAGAACAAAAACAGGUCUCAAACACAAGAGUAGGGCCGGCCCAAUCAGUUUGGAGGCUCUGAUCAAAUUAUAAAAAUGGGUCUAAUAAAGUAUUUGUGGCGCAGUUUUGAUCGAUUUUAAAAUAAAUACAUAUUUAAUAGAUAAAAUUAUUUGCGGUUAAGUUUGAUUUUAUAUAAAUUAUUAAAAAAUCAAAUCAAAUUCAAUUUCAUAUAAUUUAAUUUGGAUUAAUUUUCCACUUUAAUUUAGAUCAAUUUAAAUUUAAAUACUCUUGAUGGUCAUAAUAGAAAUUUCAGAUUUUAUAUUAAGAUUUUAAAAUAUUUAUACGUUGUUGACAAAUAUAAAAUAUAUUAGUUAAAAUAAAAAUAAUAAUGGCAUGAAAUGAUAUGAAUAGAGUAAUUAGACUGUGUGAUUGUCAAAAUAGUGCAGCUACUUCACCUAUGAUAUUUCCUAAAUUGUAAGAUAAAAUAUAAUAUAAUCCUAUCUGUUUCCUUUAAUUUGUAAACGAGCUCUGAGGGGGUCUAGCUCCUUAAAUAUAAAAAUAACUCUUUACUAGAAUAGUUUUUUACUGCAAGAAGUUGAGAGGGUGCAGAAUUUUAGAGGCUCCUUGCAUGAUGAGGCCUUGUGUUGUAGCACUCUUUGCACAUGCACAGGGCCGACCCUGCACAAGAGCCAUUUCCUUUCUAAAAUAAUUAUUAAUUUAAAAAGUUAUUUUGUACAGAAACAAAGAAUAAGAUGACAUCCAUGAAAAUGUUUUUAUAUUGUGGUUGAAUUCUCUGGUGGUUAGAGAUUGGAUAUAUGUAAGAUUAACAUUUUAACAUUCAAAUUAAUUCAGUGUUUGAGGGAGAUAAAAUUAUGCAAGUGUGAAUGAGAAAAACACCCAAGUGUGAUUCAGAGUCACGUUUAUAUAGAGUUGACGAUUAGAACCUCUCUGGUUUAUCAAACUUAUAUUGAAGAGAGCCAUUGGUCUUGAAUGUCGUUGUAGAAAAGAGGCCCCAUCUUGACUGUUGGCUAUGGUUUUCCAAACUUAAUUACUCUUAAGUCUUCGUAACUUUCACUAAAGCACAAGGUACCUUUUUUCUAAUCACUUGUUAUUCUAUGUUUUUCGUAAGCUCGUAACUAAUGACCUAUUUAAAACACCCAAAAGUAGUUAUUUCCUUUAUUGUUCUUAGUAACGAUGUAGAGAUUAACAACAUAUCAUAUCAAACUGAGAUAGAAGUGAUUAAGCUAAAAGUGACAAAAACCAGAGGUAGCGAAUCCAGGAGUGAGUAACCUAAAAAGUAUAGAGCGUGUCCCUACUAAGAUGGACAUUAGAGAGGUUAGUGUUGACUUUAUCUUUAAUGAUACUCGGAUGUCAAAUUUGAUAUCUACGAGGUAUCUCAUUAAGGAACGAGAGCUCAAAGUAUUUCUAUCUAUAUAAGGUGAUGGUUCAUCCACGAGACUAUUGAGGAUGAGAUUAUGGAUGGGUAGAAGAACGAUCAAGAUGUAAUACUCAUGAUAGGAAUUUUGUAUUUGUUGACAUUAAGACAAACAUCGGAGAAAGGUGUUACUGACUCUUAAUCUUCCUAAGGGUGUUCAUCAAUAUUCAUAGAUAGACUGUGAACUUACAGAUACUCCGUCCUAGUGCACAAGUGAAGAUAGGAUGGAUCUUGCUCACAAAGAGAUGAGUCGAUCUGUAUACUAGCAGGUGACUCGUCUCAAAAACAGUAAGUACUUGUGUAGCUACUACAAACUGUAUGAAAUACCUUGACAUAGUGUCUUUUUAUAAGAGGCGGGAGAGGGCUACACCUUUCCUGACUAUUGUACUGAAGAUGCAGACCAAAGCUAUGCUUGUGAAACUGCAUUGACAGUGUAUUCCUGGAAAAUACUGUGGUGCAAGGCUUACCCCAAUAUCUAGGUGUAUACCUUAGCCAUGACAUGUUACUAUAAACAACGCCAGGAGUUAGCCUUGCACCUAGCUAUUGGGGUUAGCCUUGCACAACGGUAUUUAUAUAUAAUCUUAGUUUUUAUAUCAUUCUUGUUAAUUUGUUCAUUUUUAUUUUCUUUGAAUUUAUUUUCAUCUGCAUAAUUGUACAUACUCACCUUAUGUAUCUGCACAGGAUGGCUUUUCAAAUAAAAAUGGAUAUUCUCUUGCAAACCUUCUUAGGAGCUUUGUUCAGUAUCUUAAUGACAAGUCAAAGUUUUGAUAAUGAUAUCUUGUGUUUAAUGUCAAUUAAGAAUUCCUUGGAAGACCCAAAUAAUUACUUACAAAGCUGGGACUUUAGCAACACGACUGAAGGUUUCAUAUGUGACUUUGUAGGUGUUGCAUGUUGGCAUUUUGAAGAAAAUAGAGUACUAAAUCUCGAACUAUCUAACAUGGAGUUGAAGGGUCACUUUCCACGUGGCAUUGUCAACUGCUCUUCGCUGACCGGCUUAGACCUUUCAAACAAUGAGCUCUCAGGAACCAUUCCAUCUGAUAUAUCAAACAUUCUCCCAUAUGUUACCACUAUUGAUCUCUCUUAUAACAAAUUCACAGAUGCAAUUCCAACAUCUUUAGCAAACUGUAUUUACCUGAAUAUCCUUAAACUUGACCAUAACUUGUUAAGCGGUGAAAUUCCAAAACAACUUGGCCAACUUAGCAGGCUUAAAGAGAUUUCUGUUUCUAACAAUCAGUUAUCAGAGUCACUACCUGUGUUCUCAGAAAAGGUAAAUUUCAACUAUGCUAACAAUAGUAGACUUUGUGGAGGGUCUUUGAGACAUUGCUCCUUGACACGUGACAAGCACGGAGAUUUUUAUCAUUCGUUUAAGGAUGGUCUUAUUGUUGGCUAUGUUUCUCUCUUUUUUUUUGUUAUGGUCACUUGUAUGUUCUACUCCAAAUUUGCACAUUGGGUGCAUAAGUUGAAAACGAAAAAUAAUGACCUAAACAAAGCUAUAGAAUUGGGCCAAUAUAUUUGCUCCAUCAUUAGCAUAAGGAAACAGAUGGUAGUUAAUCAGAUACAUGAACUGUUAUAUAUGUGGCUAGCAUUCAAAGAAAGAAAAGAGAUCUCUGUACUAUGUGAAAGAUUGACCUCAACAAUAUGGCUAGAAGAACUACGUGAUGCAACAAAUUGUUUCUCUAUCGACAAUGCCAUUGGAGUAGGAAAGAUGGGAAUGAUGUACGAAGGAUUUAUGCCUAAUGGUAAGUUACUAGCUGUUAAGAGACUAUUUGACUCUCGAAAAUUUAAAAGGCAGUUCCUUUUAGAAACAACGAUUUUGUGCAAAUACAGACACCAAAAUAUCAUUCCCUUGCUUGGGUUCUGCAUUGAAGGAAAGGAAAGGCUUUUGACAUAUGCAUACAUGCCAAAUGGAAGGCUUUCCAAAUGGUUGUAUCCUUUGGAAAGUGAAGUCAUAAGAUUGAAAUGGCAGGAAAGAGUGAACAUUGCACUUGGAAUAGCUAGAGGAUUAUCAUGGCUACAUCAUACAUGUGAGUUGUGCAUAGUGCAUUUUAAUAUAUGUUCCGAAUGCAUAUUACUAGAUGAAAACUUUGAACCCAAAAUAUCUAAUUUCGGAGAGGCGAAAUUUAUGAAUCCCGACACUGAAGAUCAUCUAGGGGUGAUAUUUAAAGCUAAUGAUGGAAAGAAGGAUGUAUAUGACUUUGGAAGUGUUCUUUUUGAAUUGAUUACAGGGAAAACAUAUGAUGAAUUGUCUCAUUCAUAUGACACUACUAAUAUACGUGGUAACCCUUUGAGUUUUUAUAAUAUUAUUGAUAAAUCUCUGACUAGUCAAGGACUUGACAAUGAAGUUUGUACUCUUCUAAAGAUUGCUUGUGAGUGUGUUAAAUCUUUACCAGACCAGAGACCAACAAUGCUUGAAAUUUACAACAGUAUUAGCAAUGUAAGGAAGGGACGAAAUGGCAAUGGUGAUGAUAAUGACACAUUAAAGGAAUUAGAAGGUACUUCUUCUAUUACUAUGGAUGAAAUUAUUGAGGUUUAAUCACUAGAACAUGUCUUUGUAUCAAAAUGUUUUGUUAUGUUGCAAAAGAUAAUGUUACUGAGUAUCUUUGUAAUAAAAAGCUGUAUUGAUCUUAGAAUAAUGUUAAAAUGUGACUAACGAAUCAAUAAUAUAGACACCAAACAUGCAAAUUAUUCAUUUCAUGCUAUAAUAAUAAGUUGAUAAAAAAAUCAUGAUUCAAAGUCCAUCAUUUGAACUUACAUGACAGAACAAGUCUGAUCUUGCUCCAACAGUUUAAGAUUUUGCUUCCCAAAUGUUGUUUGACAAGUAAACCAUGCUUUGGCUAUGUUAGAAACACUAUUGUCUAAAAUUUGCCACCAUCUUAUUUGGAUGAUUCCCGAUCAUGCAACAAAAAAUUUAUUCUAACGCCAGUUACAUUGUGUCUAAUUUUUGUAGUAGUUUCAAAUUUUGUUUGCCUUUUUUGUUGUUGUACAUGUUAAUUAAUUAUUAGUUUUGUAAUAUACCCGACACUAAUUUAUAUUUAAUAUUUGUUUAUUUCAUUAUUUAUUCAUAUUAUCGGCGAUUGUUGUCGAUGCUAAUAUCGAUGCGAAAAAAUUUCAUUCUUCCCCACAAACUUUGGUUUGCCUCUUUUUUUAUUGUGUUACUUCCUCCGUCCCAAAAUAUCAUAGUUGACACUUUCACACGUUAAAAAAUAUAAUAAAUGAAAGUGAAUGACAAUUUUAUCAAAUUAUACUUUGUUAUUGGUGUAUGCUUACAUUUUUAAAAAUAUUUGUCCUACAAUAAUACAUCA